AUGCCCGCCCAGGGUCACACCGCGACGGACGACACCGCGCAGCCGCAUGCGACCGGCGAGGCGGACGCCGGCCGGCGCGCCGACGCAGGGACGGCCGAGGAAGGCCGCAUCGUCGCCCUGCAGGGCUCGGUGGUCGACAUCCACUUCGCGCGCGGCCUGCCGGCGAUCAACAGCAUGCUGCGCAGCGGCGCCGACGGCGAGGUGGUCAUCGAGGUCGCCGCGCUGCUCGGCCCCCGCCGGGUGCGCGGUCUGGCGCUGAACGCCGAGCGCAAGCUGGCCCUGGGCAUGGCGGUCACCGACACCGGCGGGCCGAUCGAGAUCGCCGUCGGGCGCGGCGUGCUCGGGCGCAUGCUCAACAUGUUCGGCGAGCCGAUCGACAAGCGGCCGCCGCUCGAGGCGGCCGAGCGCCGCUCGAUCCACGGCCGGCCGGUGCCGCUGGCCCGGCGCCAGGUGGGCGCGGAGCUGUUCGAGACCGGGAUCAAGGCCAUCGACCUGCUCUGCCCGCUGGAGCGCGGCGGCAAGGCCGGGCUGUUCGGCGGCGCCGGCGUCGGCAAGACCGUGCUGAUCACCGAGCUGAUCCACAACAUGGUGGGCCGCUACGAGGGCAUCAGCCUGUUCUGCGGCAUCGGCGAGCGCUGCCGCGAGGCGGAGGAACUCUACCGCGAGAUGCACGAGGCCGGCGUGCUGGACAAGACCGUCAUGGUCUUCGGCCAGAUGAACGAGUCGCCCGGCGUGCGCUUUCGUGUCGGCCACAGCGCCAUGACCCUCGCCGAGUACUUCCGCGACGACGCCCACCAGGACGUGCUGGUGCUGAUCGACAACAUCUUCCGCUUCGUGCAGGCCGGCGCGGAGGUCUCGGGCCUGCUCGGGCGGAUUCCCUCGCGGGUCGGCUACCAACCGACCCUGGGCACCGAGCUGGCCGCGCUGGAGGAACGCAUCGCCAGCACCGAGUCCGGCUCGCUCACCUCCGUGCAGGCGGUCUACGUGCCGGCCGACGACUUCACCGACCCGGCGGCGACCCACACCUUCGCCCACCUCUCCGCCUCCAUCGUGCUGUCGCGCAAGCGGGCCAGCCAGGGACUCUACCCCGCCAUCGACCCGCUGCAGUCCAACUCGAAGAUGCUGACCCCACAGGUGGUCGGCGCGCGCCAUUACCGCGUUGCGCGCGACGUGCGCCACGCCCUGGCCGAAUACGAGGACCUGAAGGACAUCAUCGCCAUGCUGGGGCUGGAGGAGCUGUCGGAGCAGGACCGCCGCACCGUGACCCGCGCCCGUCGCCUGGAGCGCUACCUGACCCAGCCCUUCUUCACCACCGAGGCCUUCACCGGCACCGACGGCCGCACGGUCGGCCUGGAGGCGGCGGUCGCGGACUGCGAGCGCAUCCUCAACGACGAGCUGGACGACUGGCCGGAGCGGGCCUUCUACAUGAUCGGGACGCUGGCCGAGGAACGCCCCAUGCGCCUGAAGGUUCUGCUGCCCAUGGAGGUACUGGUCGACCGGCCGGUCGCCAAGGUCGUGGCCGAGGCCGAGAACGGCGCCUUCGGCAUCCUGCCGCGCCACAUCGACUUCGUCGCGGCGCUGGCGCCGGGCAUCCUACUGUACGAGACGGCCGGCGAGGGCGGCGCGACGCCGGGGGACGCGGGCGCCGGGCAGCGCUCGGCGCCCCGCCUCGAACGCUAUCUGGCCAUCGACGCCGGCAUCCUGGUCAAGUGCGGCGCGGAGGUGCUGGUGUCGGUGCGCAGCGCCGUGCCCGGCGACGAUCUGGAGACGCUGCGCCAGACCGUGCGCCAGCGCUUCCUCGAGCUCGACGAGCGCGAACGCGCCUCGCGCGUCGCGCUGGCGCGCCUGGAGGCCGGGGUGGUGCGCCGCUUCAUCGAGCUGCAGGAGAUCGGCCGCAAGGCGGCGCGCAAGCUGAAGGCGCGCGGCGAGCGCGGCCGCGUCGUCUGGUUCGGGCUCGGCAUGUUCGGCCUGGUCGGCUGGUCGGUCGCCCUGCCCACCCUGCUGGCCAUCGCGCUCGGGGCGGCCUCCCCCUACGCCUUCGCGCUGCUGGUCAUCGGCCUGGUCGCCGUGGCCUCGACGCUCCUGCGCAGCGGGCUGGAGCGGAUCGGCCUGGCCGACGUCGUCGGCUAUAUCGCCAUCGGCCUGCUGCUCAAGGCGGCCGACUCCCAGCUCGCCUUCCUCUCGCGCCAGGUGGAGCACGGCCUCGACACCCUGGCGGCGGCCGGCGUGGUGCUGCUGCUGUUCCGGGUCGGCCUGGAGAGCAACCCGCGCAAGCUGAUGCGCCAGCUCCCGCGUGCGAGCUUCGCCUUCCUCGGCAACCUCGCCGCCAGCGCCGGCCUGGGCUACCUGGCGGUGCGCUACGCCCUCGGCGGCACGGUGGUCCAGGCGCUCUUCGUGGCGGUCAGCCUGGCCGCGACCAGCGUCGGGGUGUCCCUGGCCGUCUGGCGCGAGGCCGACGCCGUGGACAGCGACGACGGCGCCCUGCUGCUCGACCUCGCGGAGCUCGACGACGUGGCCGCCGUGCUGCUGCUCGCCCUGCUGCUCUCCCUCGCUCCGGUGCUCUAUGCCGCCGGCGGUGCCGGCCAGAUGCCGGAGGCCGCGGGCGUGGCGGCCUACCUGCUGGCCAAGCUGGCGGCCUUCGGCGCCGCCUGCCUGCUCUUCGCGCGCUAUGCCGAGGGCCGCCUGACCCGCUGGCUGACCCGCUGCGCCGGCCGGACCGUGACCAUCGUGCCGAUCGCCGGGCUCGCCCUGGUGGUGGCGGCAUUGGCCGAUGCCCUCGGUUUUUCGCUGGCCAUCGGCGCGCUGCUCGGCGGCCUGGCCUUCAGCCGCGACCCGGCGCGGGUGCGCCUCGACCAUGCCUUCGAGACGCUCUAUCGCUUCUUCGUCCCCUUCUUCUUCGUCGGCAUCGGCCUCGACGUGGCGCUCGGCGCGUUGCCCGCCGCGGUCGGGCUCGGCAGCCUGCUGCUGGCGGUGGCGAUCCUCGGCAAGGUGGCGGGGACGGCGCUGCCGCUGCUGGCCACGGGCGGCAGCGCCCUGCUGAUCGGCGUGAGCAUGGUGCCGCGCGCCGAGAUCGCCCUGAUCGUCAUGGAGCGCGGCCGCGCGCUCGGCGCCUGGGCCGUGCCGGACACGCUCUACGGCGCCAUGGUCUUCACCGCGCUGGGAGCCGUCUUGACCCUCGAUCCCCUCGCCCUUGCCACCGCCCUGGCGCUCGGCUUUCUCGCGGGUCUGGCCUAUCUCGGCCUGCUGUGGGCCUCGCUGCGCGGGCUGGCCCGCUCCGCCCGGCCGUGGCUCCGCCUGGGUGGCGGCGCGGCGCUGCGGCUGGGGCUGCUGCUCGGCGCCCUCUACCUGAUCGCCGACGGCCAGCCCGAGCGUUUGCUGGCCGCCCUGCUCGGCGUCCUCACCGCGCGCCUGCUCGCCACCCGGCUGAUGGUCGUCUUCUGGCAGCUCGGGCCGGUCGCGCUCAACGCCACGCUGGUCUUCACCUGGGCGGUGAUGGCACUGCUGGCGCUCAUCGCCCGCAUCGUCACCUGGCGGCUGUCGGACGGCGAGCGCGUCUCGCGCUGGCAGACGCUGCUGGAGGUGCUGGUCACCGGCAUGCGCGAUCAGAUCCGCGAGGUCAGCCAGCAGGACCCGGGGCGCUUCCUGCCCUUCGUGGGCACGCUGUUCCUCUUCAUCGCCACCGCCAACCUGCUGGCCGUGGUGCCGGGCUUUCGCCCGCCCACCGGCUCGCUCUCGACCACCACGGCGCUGGCGCUCUGCGUGCUGCUCGCCGUACCGCUGUUCGGUGUCGCCGAGCGCGGCCUGGGCGCCUAUCUGCGCAAGUACGUCCGGCCGACCUUCUUCAUGCUGCCCUUCAACGUGCUGGGCGAGAUCUCGCGCACCGUGGCGCUGGCGAUCCGCCUUUACGGCAACGUCAUGAGCGGCACGGUGAUCGUCGCCAUCCUGAUCGGCAUCGCGCCCUUCUUCUUUCCCAUCGUGAUGCAGCUUCUCGGCCUGCUGACCGGCCUGAUCCAGGCCUACAUCUUCGCCGUGCUGGCCAUGGUCUACAUCGCCUCGGCGACGCGCGGCCAUAGCGGGGACAGGAACGGCGACGCAACGAACAGCCACGGGACGAACGGCCGCGAGACGAACGGGAGUCCGCCCAUGGACAGCGCCACCGUCAUCGCAGCCGUCUCCAUCUUCACCGCCGGCCUGACCAUCGCCAUCGGCGCGAUCGGCCCGGCGCUGGGCGAGGCCCGGACCGCGGCCCAGGCGCUCAGCGCCAUCGCGCAGCAGCCGGACGAGGGCAACCGGAUCACCCGCACGCUCUUCGUCAGCCUGGCGAUGAUCGAAUCGACGGCGAUCUACUGCUUUGUCGCGACCAUGCAGAUCGACUGGCUCACGGUCGCCGCGCAGAUCGUCAACUUCCUGGUUCUGGUCUGGCUGCUGCAGCGCUUUCUCUACCGCCCGAUCAUGCGCGCCAUGCAGCGCCGCGAGCAGCGCAUCGCCGCGCGCCUGAACGACGCCGAGGAGCGCAAGCGCCAGGCCGAAGAGGAGGCGCAGCGCUACCGCGACCAGCAGGCCGAGCUGGCGCGCGAGCAGGAGCAGCUUCUGGAAGACGCCCGCGCAGAGGCGGCGGCCGAGCGCAAGACCCUGGAGCGCGAGGCACGCGAAGGGGUCGAGGCGCAGAAGCGGGAGUGGCUCGAGCGGCUGCGCGCCGAGGAGGACAGCUUUCUCGACGAUCUGCGCCGGCGCUCGGCGCAGGAGUUCUUCCUGCUGGCCCGCCAGGCCCUGGCGCACCUUGCCGACGCCGACCUGGAGGCGCAGAUGGCGGGCGCCUUCCUGCGCGAGCUCGAGGAUCUCGACGACGCGCGCAAACGGCGGGUCGCCGAAGCCUUCGCCGAGAGCGACGGACCCUUGCGACUGCGCAGCCGCUUCGACCUCUCGCCCGAGGCGAAGGGCCGGAUCACCAAGGCGCUGCGCCGCUGGCUCGGCCGCGAGGCCGAGGUGGACUACGUCAGCGACGCCGAGCUGCUCUGCGGGCUCGAGCUGCAGGUCGGCAGCCAGAGCCUGCGCUGGAGCCUGGACAGCUACCUCGACGGGCUCGAGGGCGCCGUGCGCAGCCGUCUGGCCAGCCUGACCGCCCCUGCCGCGUUGCGCGCGCUCUCGCGCGGCACCUUCGCGGCCCUCGACCGGGCGCGGCGCCACCACCGGGCCGAACUGGAGGUCCACGAGCGCGGCACGGUGCGCCAGGUCGCCCAGGGCGUGGCCCGAGUGACCGGCUUCACCAGCCUGAACGACCACGAGCUGCUCGCCUUUCCCGACGGCCUGCUGGGCAUCGCCGCCAACCUCGACGUGGCGGAUUGCGGCGUCAUCCUGCUCGGCGACAGCGCCGCGUUGAAAGUCGGCGACGCGGCGCGGCGCACCGGCCGCGUGGUCGACGUGCCGGUCGGCGAGGCGCUGCUCGGCCGGGUCGUCGACGCGGUCGGCCGGCCGCUCGACGGCGGCGCCCCGCCGCACAGCGAGCGGCGCUGGCCGAUCGAGCGCCCGGCGCCGGAGAUCAUCGCCCGCGCGCCGGUGGAACGGCCGUUGCAGACCGGCAUCAUGGCG